AUGUUAGAAGAUUUUGAGACAAGCUCACUCCACCGCACAUUACCAACGAACAUGAGUAUUCGCCCUGGGCAGCUCUCACAGCAAGCUCGCCAAGCCCUCAGGAAGGAAUUCGCAUCAACCAACGACGACCUGAUACUCCAAGUCCCCAAGGUCGAACUUCAUGUUCACAUUGAAGGGACAUUAACGCCUGAGCUGAGAUGGAAGCUGGCGCAGCGACGUGGCAUAAAACCACGCUUUGGCGACUCAAAUACCCAGUUCAGUACCGUGGAAGACUUGAAGACAGCGUAUGCGAACGUAGUAUCUAGCGCACAACUACGCUCUCUCGAACAAACAGGGCAUCUGGUUACGUUUUUCCAGGCAUACUAUAGUGGUUUUGAUUUGUUACAAACCAAAGAGGACUUUUAUGAUUUAGCAUGGAAUUACUUUCACCGCGCAGCAGAAUUGAAUGUUCGCUACUGUGAGCCGUUCUUUGAUCCACAGGGGCAUGUUGGCCGUGGUGUUUCUUGGGAUGACAUGAUGGAUGGCUUUAGGGCAGCGCAGGAUAAAGCUGUUCAGUCGUCGUGGAUAAUGUGUUUUCUACGAGAUCAGUCGCCAGACUCAGCUAUGGAUUGUUACACGGCCGCGUUGAAGUACAAGGACAUGAUUGUCGGGAUAGGUCUCGACUCAAAUGAACACAAUCGACCACCAUCUUUAUUCGACGAAUUAUAUACACUGGCCCGAAAGGAUGGGUUUAAACUUACAGCCCAUUGUGAUGUUGGGGUCAAGAAUACACAUGAGCAUAUCCGCCAGGUUGCGAGUACAAUUGCCGGCACAGGAUUAGACCGCAUAGAUCAUGGCUUAAAUGCAGCUGAUGACCCAAUAUUGGUUGAUUUGAUUGCAAGACGCGGGCUAUCCAUGACGAUUUGUCCUUGGGCGUAUCUGCGACGAGAAACGUAUGCCAGUAUUGCAGAGAGAUUGCGAAUAUUGGUAGCUGCUGGUAUUAGGAUUUGCAUCUCUAGUGAUGAUCCGCCGUAUAUGGAUGAUAGUUGGGUAACACACAAUAUGUUGCUUGCAAGGAAAAUGUGUGGGCUUACAGAUACGGAAGUGUUGAAGAUGGUGAGAGACUCGGUCAGCAUGUCUUGGGCAAGCGAUGAAGUGAAAAGAGCAAUUUUGAAAGAGAUUGGUGAUAUAGUUGGAUAG